UCACAAUCGUAGGCGUUUCUGAAGAACACAGACUGUGAAGCAAAUAACUUCCAUUGAGAUAAACCCCAAAGGAAGACUCCAUCGAAUUAUUUACAAAGAGUACUUCAGAGUUGAGUGAACAGACACAGAAUAGAGAUGAGGCUUUUGUGCGUGGUUCUGCUGGUCGCCAGCAGUGUGUUUGCCGAUGAUGAAGACAAGCGGGAAAGUGUGGGAACCGUGGUUGGCAUCGACUUGGGGACCACCUAUUCCUGUGUUGGUGUGUUCAAGAAUGGCCGUGUUGAGAUCAUUGCCAACGACCAGGGAAACCGCAUCACUCCAUCCUAUGUGGCCUUCACCGCAGAGGGGGAGCGUUUAAUUGGUGAUGCUGCCAAGAACCAGCUCACCUCCAACCCUGAGAACACAGUUUUUGAUGCCAAGAGACUGAUUGGCCGCGCCUGGACUGAUUCUGCUGUGCAGCAUGACAUCAAGUACUUCCCCUUCAAGGUUAUCGAGAAGAAGAGCAAGCCCCAUAUUCAGGUGGACAUCGGUGGAGGUCAGCUGAAGACCUUCGCUCCAGAGGAGAUCUCUGCCAUGGUUCUCACCAAGAUGAAGGAAACCGCCGAGGCUUACCUGGGAAAGAAAGUGACACAUGCUGUGGUCACUGUCCCUGCCUACUUCAAUGAUGCCCAGCGUCAGGCCACCAAGGAUGCUGGAGUCAUCGCCGGCCUGAAUGUCAUGAGGAUCAUCAACGAGCCAACUGCAGCUGCCAUCGCCUACGGCCUGGACAAGAAGGAUGGUGAGAAGAACAUCCUGGUGUUCGACCUGGGCGGCGGCACCUUUGAUGUUUCCCUCCUGACCAUCGACAACGGCGUGUUUGAGGUAGUCGCCACCAACGGCGACACCCACUUGGGAGGAGAGGACUUUGACCAGCGUGUCAUGGAGCACUUCAUCAAGCUGUACAAGAAGAAGACCGGUAAGGACGUGCGCAAGGACAACCGUGCUGUGCAGAAGCUGCGUCGUGAGGUGGAGAAGGCCAAGAGAGGCCUGUCUGCCCAGCACCAGGCUCGCAUUGAGAUUGAGUCCUUCUUCGACGGAGAGGACUUCUCAGAGACCCUGACCCGUGCCAAGUUUGAGGAGCUCAACAUGGACCUGUUCCGUUCCACCAUGAAGCCCGUGCAGAAGGUGAUGGAGGACUCUGACUUGAAGAAGACUGACAUUGACGAGAUUGUCUUGGUGGGUGGCUCUACCCGUAUCCCCAAGGUCCAGCAGCUGGUGAAGGAGUUCUUCAACGGCAAGGAGCCCUCUAGGGGCAUCAACCCCGACGAGGCUGUGGCCUAUGGAGCAGCUGUGCAGGCUGGAGUGCUGUCUGGAGAGGAGGACACAGGUGACCUGGUUCUUCUGGAUGUGUGCCCCCUGACCCUGGGUAUUGAGACUGUGGGAGGAGUCAUGACCAAGCUGAUCCCCAGAAACACUGUGGUGCCAACCAAGAAGUCCCAGAUCUUCUCCACCGCCUCUGACAACCAGCCCACUGUCACCAUCAAAGUUUACGAGGGUGAGCGUCCCCUGACCAAAGACAACCACCUGCUGGGAACCUUCGACCUGACUGGCAUCCCCCCCGCACCUCGUGGUGUGCCCCAGAUCGAGGUCACCUUCGAGAUUGAUGUCAACGGCAUCUUGCGCGUCACAGCCGAGGACAAGGGAACAGGCAACAAGAAUAAGAUCACCAUCACCAAUGACCAGAACCGUCUGACUCCCGAGGACAUUGAGCGCAUGGUCAACGAUGCUGAGCGCUUCGCCGACGAGGACAAGAAGCUGAAGGAGCGCAUUGAUGCCCGCAACGAGCUUGAAAGCUACGCCUACUCACUCAAGAACCAGAUCGGCGACAAGGAGAAGCUGGGCGGCAAGCUGUCAGCCGAGGACAAGGAAACCAUAGAGAAAGCAGUAGAGGAGAAGAUUGAGUGGAUGGAGUCUCACCAAGAGGCUGAGCUGGAGGACUUCCAGGCAAAGAAGAAGGAGCUGGAAGAGGUGGUGCAGCCGAUCGUCAGCAAGCUUUACGGAAGUGCAGGUGGGCCCCCGCCCGAGGGAGGAGAAGAGGGAGAGGCAGAUCAGGGCGACAGGGAUGAGUUGUAAGGCUGUCAGGAGUGUCACAGAUGUACAUAUUGGACUUAAAAUGGUGAGGAAAAAGGGCUGCAAAAACGCAACCAUGAAUCUGCUGGAAAGACUUGUGAAAUAUUGUUUCAACGUGAGGGACGUUCUCUUCGCUGAGUGGCGGAGGUAUACUAGUUUGCCUGUUCGAGGCUCGCUGCUGCUGUUCUCAGGCAGUUUGAAAAGGAGAUCUCUAGGGGGAGGGUUUAGUGGGGUAGGUGCUAGACUGGGGUUUCUGGGUGAAAGGGUAACAUGUUCACAAGCAAUGUUAACAAGUUAUUUAUUGAAUCUGGUCAUUGUAGAAAUUACUUUCUACUGUAAAGACAUUGAAAUAAAUGUUUGAUACAAA